UGUAGAGAGUUGGAGACUGUUGUUGUAAAGUCUAAGCAUUAUAUAUGUGCACACAGGAAACCUCGACCUGUCUCUCAGCUGGUUGCACAACAGGUUCCUCAGCAAUUUGUGCCCCCUACACAAUCAAAGAAAGAGAAAAAAGACAAAGUAGAAAAGGAAAAAAGUGAAAAGGAAACAACAAGCAAAAAGAACAGUCAUAAGAAAACCAGGCCAAGAUUGAAAAAUGUGGAUCGAAGUAGCGCUCAGCAUUUGGAAGUUACCGUUGGAGAUCUGACAGUCAUAAUUACAGACUUUAAGGAGAAAACUAAGUCACCACCUGCUUCCAGUGCUGCUUCUGCAGAUCAACACAGUCAGAGUGGUUCUAGCUCUGACAACACAGAGAGGGGAAUGUCCAGGUCAUCUUCACCCAGAGGAGAAGCAUCGUCACUGAAUGGGGAAUCUCAUUAAAGUUUGUUUCCUCCAGUUUCUUUAGUCUCUUCUCUUCAAAACAUGCAAAUACAUAACUUCUGUCACCUGUUACCACAUUUUCAUGACAGAUUAUCCAUGCACAAUUGGUAUGUUGACUGGAACAUAAUUUAUGCAGUUCUAAAAAAGAAAAAAGUGUAGUGGUAGAAACAAUAAUUUAAAUGCAAUCUACAAAUGCUUACAAAGCAUUUUCAGACCAACUUUUUAAUCUUCAUAUGUAAAGGUGCCAUGAAAAUGUGGUUUGAAUGUUCAUUAUGCAGUGUUAUUGGUAAGUCCAUUUUCACUUUUAGUUUAGUGAAUUCUAACACAACUCUUGGAGUCUCUACUAUUGGCAUGUACUGAAUUUAAAUUUUUAUAACAUAGUUCAAGCUGCCUAAAUAUGUAUUAUUUGAGAAUUGUGAAACAUAGUUAUAUGUAUGCAAGUCAGAGAUCAACUUAAUCAACUAUUGCUGCAACAGAAUUUUCAUAAUAAUUAUCUUAAAAACACCUGCUGGUACUUGGUGUGGUUAAAUAGGAAAAAUGAUAUUAAAUAAAACAUUUGUAUGAAUUUUUGCCAAUGUUUGACACAUUUUACUAGAUUACUGUUACUGAAUUAUGUUGAUGGUUUUACCAAUAUUUUUUCACACUUUAAAACACUUAUUGUAAUGUUUACAAGAAAAAUAGAAGAACACAUUCUAAGCAUUGAUUGGUUAACCUUACAAUUCAGGUAAAGUACUACAUUGUCACUGUACACUGGUAUUCUAUGUUGUGUAACAAAUACUGAACCUCAGAUGACUAUGCAUUUGGCAAAAACUAACAUUUGGAAAUACGGAAGUUUGGAAAAGUUUUUAAAAUAACAGAAGUGCAGUUCUCAUUUCUGCUUAGUGCUGUUUCCUUGCCCCAGAUUUAUCUAGUGUCAUGUAGUCACUUACCAUUUCAUUACAGGAAUAUCAGAUAUUGCACAAGAAUAAGGAAAUAACAAUACUAUGAAGUUUUUGCUCCUGAAUCAACUUCUUUAACUUUGAUUUGGCCUAUUAGAAUAGAUUAUGUCACAAAUCAUAUGAAAAAACUCAGUACCCCACUUUAUGGCAUAAACCGUCAACAUUUAUGCACUUAGCAGUACACUGAUGUAGGGCAGAACUAUUUACAAUCCCAUUUGGUAUUAUGUAAAAUUACCAAUAAAAUAUUUUUGUGAAUACAGAUUUUGCAUUUUUGUUCACAACCAAUAAGUGUUUUGAUACACACAUACGAUCCAUGUAUAGAUUUUAAAUUACACGUUCAGGUUCAGUUCAGAAGUCCAUUUAGCUCCUUUUAGUGAGGUAGUCCAUUUACGCUCCUGUGAUUCUUUUCUUUUUCAUUAGAAAUAAAUAUAUUUUUAAGCCCAUGUAAAAGUUGGAUGGACCUUCUUGCUAGUGAAUCCAGCCCCAAAUUAUUACCAACGUAUGAUACAUUUUCCUAACAGGUAAAACAAUGGAUUUUUGUAGCCCCUGACAAUUGUGAUGUUUGGUGGUUUCUUGUAGUAAUGUAUUUUUAUGUUUUGAAUGCAGUACUUCUACAGGCACAAUGGUACUGUUCUAUUUUGUAAGAUGCUAGUUGUGAAAUACAGUUAGUUGCAUAAAAUGAAAGUCUGAUGUGAUAUCUGAGAACAUACAUACCUCAUUCCUUGGUGUUGCUGUUUAAACUUUUUAGACAUCAAAUGUUAAUUAUAGGCUAUCAGAUGGAUAACUACUGACCUGUUUAUUAUGUAUUCUGCUUUAUCUUACUAAAUAGGAUGUCUGUUCAUUGCCGUUACCUGGCCAAAUCUUAGUAUCUGUAAAACAA